UCUGACUUCAAAGCCAAGUACAGACGAACAAACAUGUCUACCUUCGCCUUCAUCGUCCUCUGCGUUCAGGCUUGCCUGAUCCAGAACGCCUUCGGUAUGUGCGCCAGAGGCAUCAUGGGUCCGGCCAUCGCCGCCCCCGCCAUCGCUCCCUUUGGCGUGCCCGCCUGCGGUGCCGCUCUCGCUGGCCCUGCUCUGGCUCCCUUCGGCGCCCCCGCCCUCGCCGCCCCCGGUCUCGGCUGGGCUGGUCUGGCCGGUCCCACUGUCGGCACUUACGGAGGCACUGGCAUCGGUAACGUGGCCGUCGCCGGUGAGCUCCCCGUGGCUGGUACCACCGUCGUCGCCGGACAGGUGCCCAUCAUCGGCGCCGUGGAGUUCGGCGGACCUGCUGCCGCCGCUGGUGCUGUGUCCAUCGCUGGUAGCUGCGGUUGCGGUUGCGGCGCCCCCUACAUUUACUAAAUAUAUAAUCACCUACAGUUUCAAAUAAAUGAAAUAGCAAGCAAA